AUUCUGUAGCCAUCAUCAAACGUUCGAGAGUUUUCAUUUUAUCUUUCUUUUGCUCUUCCAUCAAAAAUCAGCCAGAGCAGGACAUAAAAUCCCCCACUCAACUCUGCCUAAUGCUGGUGUUUCGAAAAUCUAAGCUGAGAGCUCAAGCCCUCUUAUUUCUAGGUUUUUUUGGAAUCUAGUGUUGUAAGGCAGACUGCUGAAGAAAAGAGGUACUGCGGCUGCUUCUUGUCAAGAGAAAGGAAAGGCAGACGGUUUAUUUGGCCGACCCUUCUUAGUUCUCACUCAGCCAGCCAGUGAUUAGUGAAACAAAAACGAUGCGUUUUAAAAUCUUCGCGGAAACCAAGACGGCACUGUGACACUUGAAAAUGAAGAAUUGAAAUAUAUGACAAGACGAAACGGUGAAACCGAUCGGUGCGUUUUAUUACACGGGAUGCUAAAACGGUGACAAUAAAGCGUUUUUGAAAGCCCCAAAACUGCGCGUUUUCUGCACGCGAUCGCCAUGGCGCUGAAAGAAUGCGCGUUUGGACAUCAGAUGAUCCGCGUGGCCAAAAAAAGUACCAAUACGACGUCGUUUAGCCUAUUAAUGGGCGGUUGUCUUCUCCGCAUUAUAAAUUUGUUGUUCUUCUUUUCUCCCGCCAAAUAAACAGACCUAUUUUCGAAAACGUUGCUGAGGAGGAUCUUCUAAGAGAGAGAUCGGAAUGUACGGAGAGACCAUGAGCGCCAAGUGCCGAUUCACCGACACCGACAUUACUAAGGUCUUGGCCACUUACUUCCCCGAAAUCCAAUUGUCGGCCAACGACCCUCGCCUCCACGUCACUUCUCAACUCAUUCACUUCUUUUCUUCCCCAUCCGCCCAACAAUUCGUUUCGCAGGUCAAGAGUGAUGAUGACAUCUUCUCUUUGUCGCUUGACUUCAAACAAUUUCAUAAGAUAUGCGACCUUGAGGACUUUUAUGCAACUUUAGAUACAAAACCUAAAGAAGCUUUAUUAUGUAUGAGUGCUGCAGUUCACAAGCAGGUUUUAUUGACCAACUGGGAUGACAAUAGGUUGGAGGAUGGUGUGAAGAUAAAUAUCCGUCUGCACAACCACCCUGAAACUAUGAUUGCUUUGAAGAACCUAAAAUCAGCAUAUAUUGAUAAACUUGUAUCUGUACGUGGUACAGUAGUAAAAGCUAGCACGGUCAAGCCUCUAGUUGUACAGAUGACUUUUGCCUGUGUUAAGUGUCAAACCAAUAUUUUACGUAUUUUUCAUGAUGGAAAAUUUUCACCACCAUCCGUUUGCACCUUACAUGGGUGCAAGAGCAGAACUUUUACUCCAAUAAGAUCCACUGCUCAACCCAUAGAUUUUCAGAAAAUAAGACUACAGGAGAUACUAAAGUCUGAAAAUCAUGAAGAAGGCCGGGUGCCUCGAACAGUAGAGUGUGAAUUGACUGAAGAUCUUGUUGAUGCAUGCAUUCCUGGAGAUGUGGUCACUGUUACUGGAAUUAUAAGGCAAAUCAAUAAUUACAUGGAUAUCGGUGGAGGAAAAUCAAAAAACAAGAACCAAGGAUUGUUCUAUUUGUACCUAGAAGCAGUUUCAAUCAAAAAUUCCAAGUCGCAGUAUAUAUCUGAGGAUUUGCAAGAUUCUAAUGCUGAUUCUAGAGCUACAGAGCUGUUAGAUUUAUUCUCAUUUUCUCCAAGAGAUUUGGAAUUCAUUGUUAAGUUCUCAGAGGAACAUGGUUCAGACAGAUUUCGACAAAUACUACAAUCAAUUUGCCCUUCCAUUUAUGGACAUGAGCUUGUCAAAGCGGGAAUAACAUUAGCACUGUUUGGAGGUGUCCAAAAGUAUUCAACGGAUAAGAACAAGGUCCCUGUCAGAGGAGACAUCCAUAUCAUAGUUGUUGGUGAUCCUGGACUCGGUAAAAGCCAACUACUGCAAGCAGCAGCUGCCAUUUCUCCACGUGGCAUUUAUGUGUGUGGCAAUGCUACAACCAAUGCUGGGCUUACUGUAGCUGUUGUGAAGGAUCCUAUGACAAGUGACUAUGCUUUUGAGGCUGGUGCCAUGGUGCUUGCUGAUCGUGGAUUAUGCUGUAUUGAUGAGUUUGACAAAAUGUCAGCAGAACAUCAGGCUCUUCUAGAAGCCAUGGAGCAACAGUGUGUCUCUGUUGCAAAGGCUGGACUUGUGGCAAGUUUAUCAGCACGAACUUCUGUCUUAGCAGCGGCAAAUCCUGUUGGUGGUCAUUAUAACCGUGCAAAAACUGUGAAUGAAAAUUUGAAAAUGAGUGCUGCUCUUCUUUCACGGUUUGAUUUGGUUUUCAUAUUACUUGAUAAACCUGAUGAGCUACUGGAUAAGCGAGUCUCCGAGCAUAUUAUGUCACUUCAUGCUGGAUGUGGAGAAAAUUCACCAGCUGCAAAAAGGCCAUGUAGAGAUAUUGCUGCUCACACUGUUGGAGACGUAGAUAUGAAUGCAAAAAGUGGUUCUUUAGUUUCUAGGUUGAGACUUGACCCAAAAAAGGACAUGGAUUUUGUUCCAUUGCCUGCUCCACUUCUUCGCAAAUAUAUUGCUUAUGCACGAACUUUUGUCUUUCCGAGAAUGUCGAAACCAGCAGCAGAAAUACUACAGAAGUUUUACUUACGACUAAGAGACCAUAGUACAUCAGCAGAUGGUACGCCAAUAACUGCAAGGCAACUGGAAAGUUUAGUGAGGCUGGCUGAAGCUCGAGCCAGGCUGGACUUGAGAGAAGAAAUAACAGCCCAGGAUGCUUUGGAUGUUGUUGAGAUAAUGAAGGAAUCACUGUAUGACAAGUACGUUGAUGAGCAUGGUUUUGUGGAUUUUGGUCGGAGUGGGGGAAUGAGUCAGCAGAAAGAAGCAAAACGAUUUUUAGGUGCCUUGCAUAAACAAACAGAGUUGAAGAAAAAAGAUUGCUUUUCAAUUUCCGAAAUAUACAAUUUAGCAGAUAGAAUUGGAUUAAGAGUUCCGGAUAUUGACAUGUUUGUGGAUAAUUUAAACACUGUUGGUUAUCUACUCAAGAAGGGCCCUAAGACGUAUCAGGUAAUAUCUGCGUCUCAUUCAUGAAGUCUAUCAUCUGGGUCAAGGGACUAAAAUUGUGCAGCAUUAAAGAGGUCAAGUUUUCUCCUUUCCAACAUUUCUUCUCCUCAGGUAUAUCAUACUAUGCAUUAUGAAUGGCUUCGCUGAAUGUCCCAUGUUGUGAACUUCUGCAUGUUCAAAUUGCUCUGAAAUUUCCAGCCACUACCGACUGUAAAAUAUUGGGUAUAUCAACUAUACGUUUACAGAUUGGAUAUAGUAUAAAUAAUGGUAGUCAGAGACAAGUAAUGUUAUAUAUGCUAGAUUUAUAAUUCUAAACAAAAUCCCAGAGUGAAUCUCCUGCUUUUCAUUUUCAGAGAUCUGUAGAUUAGUCAAAAAGUUCUGAUUGUAAUCUGCAGAGAUCUAUAGAUAAGUUGAUAAGUUCUAUAACAGUGAAACCCACUUAUACAUUAAA